AUGGGAAUAAUCACUGUACUUUUAGACGACAUUGAGGCUACCCUGCAGCUCCUGGCUCCAAAGAGUAAGUCUGUUCGGCUGUCUGCUACGCUUGCUGCCUGCCCGCCCGCCUGCCUGCCUGUCUGCUUGCUUUCCUGGAAGAAAGAUAAAGAGGUGAUGGUGAUGGGGCCGGGUAGUCGCAUCUCCCUCAGUUGCACCGCUGUUGGGGCCCCCGUACCCACGGUGACCUGGUACCGGGGCCACGAGCAGCUCUUCGCCUACAUGCUGGACAGACAACCACCCGGAACUGCCCGUCUGGCUCUGUUUAAUGUGACCGAAUCGGUCAAUGUCACCUGUAUCGCCUCCUCACCCAUGGGUCAAAUUAAACACGAUGUGGCCAUCGUUGUCAAGGAACUUCCACUGACUCCGGGUUUGCCGAGGUUCCUCAGCCAGAAACGAAUGGGCGAGGUGAUGAUCGCCUUUUCUCGACCCACCUCCAAUCGACUUCAGGCUCCCGUCUCUAAAUUCCUGGUGCAGUGGAUCGAAACCAAAAACUUUUUGGUUGAAUACCUGAUCACAAUGUCACCAGAGAUUGCGGCUGCGAUCCAGCCCACCAACGUGCUCUUUCCCAGCGGCCAGGAAGUUCCAGUCGAACGAGGCGAUUCGAAUCAGGUAUGUUCAACCUAUGGACUUCGUGCUCGCACAUAUAAACAUCUUCCCUUUGGACUGAAUUUGGAUCCUAUGUUCUUCCUGUUGGUCUCCUGA